AGGGGUUUACAGUAACACAUGUCAAGCAAGCCGACAGGCUAGGAUACUAGCAGUCAUUGGAAGUCGGGGUGUAACUCGUGCGUGUCAGUUUUAGAGUUUUUAAAUCUUUUUUAUGUGUUUUCGAAAGUAACUUUUCUCUGAAGACGAUGGCUGCGACUUUUUUUCUGUGUGUUUUAACCUGACCGACACUUGUGCUAACGCUAGCUCGUUAGCAGUCCUGGCUGUUUCCUGUCAGCCUCCGGCGGUGCGGCCUCCUCCAGCGUCUUCAGGAAUCUAAAAUCUGCAAAGAUUUACAGUUAAAAAUGUAUUUGACAAAACUACGUCAGGUGGCGUUUUCAGCGUGACAUCAUUUCCUCUCUUCUGGAUGUUCCUGGUGGGCCUUACGGGAGGCAUCGCCUCAGGGAAAAGCUCUGUGUCUUCAAUGCUGCGAGAGCUCGGGUGUCCCAUUAUCGAUGCAGAUGUUGUGGCCAGGAAAGUGGUCGAGCCGCACACUCGAGCUUAUUCUCGCAUCGUCUACCACUUCGGACCCGAGAUUGUUCUGGAAAACGGGGAAAUCGACCGACAGAAGCUGGGCCAGAUCAUCUUUGCCAGUGAGGAGAAAAGGAGGCUGCUGAACUCCAUCACCCACCCAGAGAUUCACAAAGAAAUGCUCAAAGAGAUCCUGCUCUACUUCCUUAGAGGGUAUCGCUACGUGGUCCUGGAUGUUCCCCUCCUCUUUGAAACCAGACGCCUCACUAAAUUUCUGAACCACACUGUCGUGGUGUACUGCGAUCCCGCCACUCAGCUGCAGCGCCUCAUGCAGAGGGACGGGCUGACCCAGGAGCAAGCAGAGCAGCGCGUGGCUGCACAGAUGCCGCUCAACGAGAAGCGCGGCUUGGCUAAUCACGUUAUCGAGAACUCGGGCAGCCGGGAAGACACCCACCGGCAGGUCCUGCGGCUCCACACAAAGCUGGAAGACUCCAUGGACUUCCUGUUAGUGAGGGUGAUCGCCAUCGCCACCACGGCGGGUCUGAGCGGGAUCCUGCUUUACGCAGCCAGGAUACUGUUGUCCUAACAGACGGAUGAAGGAAACUUUUAGUGUAAAAAGGUUUUCAAACGUCAGUAGAUUUGAGCAACAGCAGGCUAGCAGUAAAGAUGAAUUUAACUGUGAAAUUAGCCUGUCAGCAUCUAACACUACACUGCCAGCAGUGUGGCCUACUGUGACGGUGAACCCGCAUUACUUACUAAAGCUGCAGUUUAAUGUGAAGGGUUUUUUUUAUGUGCAAUCACUGUUAUUUUAGUAAUUUGCAAAAAUCUAAAGCGGUUCUAACACUGGAAAAACUCAGCUAGCUGAUGCUUCAGACGGUGUUUGGACUGUGAAUAUAUAUUUAUUCUGGUCAAACGGUUGACCGGCUGCAAACUUUACCAUUAUAGGAGUAACUUAUUUUAAUAAAACUGUCAAAUUGGGGUAAUUAUGAUGGUAUCGAUCAAUCAGUCGUUUUUAUUAGCUGAAUGUUGGCGCUCCCUGAGGUUUAAAGUGGUUUGGACUGAUGUUCUUAGAAUGUAUGAUGAUUAAAAAAUAAAAUGUUAAACCAGACAAUCUGUUUUUACAGUAGAAAGUAACAGAUUAUUCUUAAUUUUCACUGUAUUUUCUCACACUUUAGCUGUCUUUAAAACCCCUGUUUUUUUUGCACACAGUCAUUUGUAAACUAUGAAACUGAAUGACACAUUUUUGAAGUGGUUGGUGGGACUGCAUCUGUGUUUCACACAAGAAUUUUGCACCUUUUUCACAUGUGGAAGCUGGAAAUGAAUAUUUUACAAUAGAAUUUAAACAUCUACUCAUGUACGACAAUAAAAAUAUCAUUUAUUAACA